GGGGGAGUCGAUGGUGAAGGUGGUUCUAUGGACUGUUUAUUGUCAUCUUGGCAACACUAGCGAGGAGCACAUAAAGGUGAGCCAAUUCUGUACCGCUUCUCUCCUCUGCGACACCAUAAAGUAUCAACAUGGCGUCGCGUACGCAUUCCCACUUCUUCAGCAUGUCCGCUCGUCCACCACCAUCUGGCCCGGCGCCUCCUCCGCCUCCGCCUCCUCCUCCUCCACCUCCUCCUUCACCACCACCACCACCGCCGCCGCCACGAGGAGAAUCUCCGCCCGCGCCACCAGCCCCCGGUGACCCCUCUGGGCCUUUCGUCCAACCCUCUCCGCUCCUGCCCGGCUGCCGUAGCUGGACACUGUUCAAGUCGGACAUGGAGCUCUGGGUGAUGCUCGUGGAGUCUGCCCAUGGGUCUCAGAUGUACACGGGGCUCGUCGCCCAUGAGUACACGAACUACGAGCGGAUUGUGGAGUACGUGCAGUCUUUCGAGAACCUGGCACCGCUUGAGAAAGCAGUAGUGCUUUCCAACAUUGACCGUGCCCGGCGCAACAACGGGGCAGUCAUGUCUGGUGAGAACUGAGGACAACAAUCAGGACGAUGGCGACGGUGACGACGGUGACGACGAUGACGACGACGACGACGACGACGACGACGAAUGGGACAGGAGCUGAGGAAAGACGGGGUUCAUUUGGAGUUGGGCUUGAUUCUUUAUGGCAUUCAUCUCCACGUAAUGAAUCUUUGCCGCCGGCUGCCUUCGCGCUGCGUUUUUGAAUCUCACAACUCCCCCUGUGACUACUUGUAACAACAUCGACACU